UACCCUUCACCUGAACAGAGGGAAGGGCCAGACAGAAGUUGUCUGAACAGAAAGAGAAAAAAACAAGGAAACACUCAGGUGAGUGAGUCAGUUAUAGUCUUUAUGUAAAGAAGGGGGAAAAAGAAACAUUAGCAUUUAACAGGUUUUCAAGAUGGAUGUCCAAGAGAACUCCCCAGGAGUUAUGGGGUUGCUGAAAACGUUUGACUCCUCUGAGUUUGGGAGCUGGGAGAAGAUAGGCUCCGGUGGAUUUGGACAAGUGUACAAAGUACGGCAUGUACAGUGGAAAACAUGGCUGGCUAUUAAAUGUCCUCCCAGUCUUCAUGUGGAUGAAAAAGAACGUGCCGAGCUCCUUGAAGAGGCCAAUAAAAUGGAGGCAGCAAAGUUCCGCUACAUCCUGCCUGUAUAUGGCAUCUGCAGCGAUCCAUUGGGCCUGGUGAUGGAGUACAUGGAGACAGGCUCUCUGGAGACGCUCUUGGCUGCAGAGCCACUGCCAUGGGUGCUGCGUUUCCGUAUUAUCCAUGAGACAGCAGUAGGCAUGAACUUCCUGCACUGCAUGAACCCACCGCUGCUCCAUCUGGACCUGAAGCCUGCGAACAUACUGCUGGAUGCCCAUCACCACGUCAAAAUCUCAGACUUUGGCCUUGCCAGGUGGAAUGGCUUUGCCAGGAAUGAUGACAUCAGUCGUGAUGGAUUCUGUGGUACUAUUGCCUACCUACCACCUGAAAGGAUCAUUGAGAAGGAAAGAGUCUCUGAUACCAAGCACGAUGUGUACAGCUUCUCGAUUGUUAUCUGGGGAAUUCUCACACAGAAAAAGCCAUAUCAAGGGGAGAACAAUAUUCUGCAUAUCAUGGUGAAGGUGGUGAAAGGGGUUCGUCCAGACCUGAGCGCUGUGCCCCGCAGUCGACCCCAGGCAUGUUCAGGCUUUAUAGCCCUCAUGCAGAAAUGCUGGAGUGGAUCUCCUGAUGCCAGGCCAAGCUUCCAGGAGAUUACGUCUGAGGCAGAGGAGCUGUGUUCCAAACCCCAUGAUGAGUCCAGAGGAUCAGUGUCUGAGCCAGACUCCUCACCCUGUCCGGCUCCAACAAGCUCUGAACGGGUUAAGGAGCAAAAACCAGUGAGGCCAAAGUCAGCUAUGUUACCAGAGAAAGACUACAGCCUUUCUGAGCUGCUGAGUCAGAUCGACUCUGGGAUUUCUCGCAGCUUUGACCAUGUUAAAGAGGACUGCCUGGAGAGCAAGGACAACACCAGCAAGAGACUGUCCGGAAUCUCCUCUGUGGACUCGGCCUUCUCAUCCCAAGGCUCCAUCACACUCUCCUUUGAGAGGGAGAAUUCAGUCAAUGAGUCAAGCGAGAUCCAGAAGAAGAAGCUGUGUGAAGCCAUUCGCACUGAGGACACAGCAAAACUAAUGAAGCUCCUGCAGCCACAGGAUGUGGAACUCCGCCUAGAAGGUGGCGGUAGCCUACUUCACUAUGCUACAGCACUGGGCAAUGAGGAGGCUGUGAAAUUUCUACUACUUAAUAACUGCAGUGCUAACCUGGCUGACUGGCGUGGCGCCACACCUCUGCACAUUGCUGCAGAAAAGCAUCUCCGAGGUGUUGCUGAGGUCUUACUGAGCCGCAAAGGAACUGAUGUGAAUGCUAAGGAUGAGGACCAGUACACAGCCCUGCAUUUUGCUGCUCAGAACGGCGAUGAGGCUCUGGCACGCCUGCUUCUGGAGCGACGGGCAUCAGCCAGUGAGGCAGACACACAGGGACGUACAGCAGCCCACGUGGCAUGUCAGCAUGGGUGUGAGGGCGUUCUGCGUGUGCUCUUGAGUCGAGGUGUUGUCGAUGCCCAUGCCACUGCCAAGGAUGGGUGGACAUCACUGCAUCUGGCAGCCUGGCGUGGUCACUCCACCAUCACCAAGCUGUUGGCUAAGCAGGCAUGUGCUGAUGUGGAUGCAACAACUGCUGAUGGGCGCACGCCACUGCACCUGGCGGCUCAGACCGGUCGAUACAGGGUGGCACGUGUGCUCGUGGAGCUGGGUGCCAACGUGCAACAGAUCUCCAACCCAGACCUACGCUCGCCGCUACACGUUGCAGCCGAGACAGGCCACACAAGCACUGCACGCCUGCUGCUGAAGCAUGGUGCAGAUAUCCAAGGACGCACAGCUCAAGGCUGCACUGCCUUGCACCUAGCGGCUCAGCGUGGCCACUUGCCCACAGCAAGAAUGCUCCUGGAGGAGGGUGCUGAUGUUCGGAGUGCCAACCGUGCCCUUCGCACUGCGUGCCACCUGGCAGCUGAAGCUGGUCAUGGCCAGGUGGUCAGCGAGCUGCUCGAGAGGUGGCCUGAGGUCAUCACAGUGCAGGAUGAGGAUGGAUUAGCACCAUUGCACCUAGCCUUGCGCAGCGGACACAUGGACAUCACGCGUCUCUUGCUCAGCCAUGGAAACUCAGAGGCUGAUCUUUUGCAGCCAGAACCCAAGACUCCGAACACUAAAACAGUUGAGGGGCUCCAUAGGAAAGUACUAAUCCUGAAACUCACCGAGCCCAAGGGCAACAACUCCAUGCAAGACUCAACAGACACACAGUUGCCCUCUGCACACUAGAAAAACUAGCACAGAGACCUAGAUUUCAGUGUCUCUGACUGCCAUGUUGUUUAAAAGUAUCUACAAAUUAUGGACUGUUACAUCCUUCUGGUAAAGAGACGUUUAUCUCUCUUUCUGGUUUGUAUAUAUAAUGUAAUUAUUUGGUUGGGGCCCUUUGAAUAUAAUUACCUCUUGGAUAGUUUUAUUUCUGUGGACUUUGUGGGCUCAUGAACACUUUUCCAGAAAAAAAAAUUAAUAACAAUAUUCCUGAUUAGCAAAAGGAUGAUGUAUAUAGGGCAGCAUGGUGGUGCAGUGGUUAGGACUUUCGUCUCACAGAGAUGAGGUUCUGUGUUUGACCCUCGUGGCUGACUGGAGCCUUUCUGUGUGAAGUUUCCAUGUUCCCCGUGUCUGCAUGGGUUUCCUCCCACAGUACAAAGACGUGUGGAUCAGGUCAACUGGCUACUGUAAUUUGCACCUACGUGUGAAUGAUUAUUCAUCUCUGGAAUUGGCUCCAGUUUCCAUCGUGCCCCUGAUGGAUAAACAGUAUAGUAAUGGAUAGAUGGAUGGAUGAUGUGUAUAUACAAGCAUUGUAAAUAGAAACUGGACUUAUUCUUGCUUUGCCAUCUUCAGCAUGAACUUAUUGUCCAGUCAUUGUUCUUUUUUACAUUUAUAUGUUCAUUGUUUUUAGUAUUGUUUUUAACCAUGUCAUAUGUGUUUUUUAUCCUUGGAGCCCCCCGGGAAAAUAAAAUGUACACUUAAAGAUGAUAAAUGGAAGAAAAAAAAAGGCUAAAAAAAGCUAAAAUGGCAGGCCAUUGCAUAAUGCUGAGGUCAGAUUGUGAACACCUAUACUCUCUUACUCCAGUGCCUACAUCCUGGCAGUACUUCAAGGCUGUUUCAAAUCCACAAGGCUAAUUAUACCAUUUAAUACCUCUGGUUGUAUGACAGAGUAUUUGAACCACUUGGCUCCCACCAUGGGAACAGGGCCUGAGGGGGAUCACAGGUGAUGUGUGUUUGGGUAGUGGAAAUGGGGGUGGUAACUGUACAUUGUGAAUACCACCAUGUCAAGAUGGUUGGCCAGCUCCUGAGACCACCUUAUCUAUUCAUCACUUUGUAAAAGCAGAGCAUGGUGCCUAACUGAUGCCGCCUGGAGCAGAGUUUUCACAACCCACAAUUUACUCGAAAAAGAAACUGCAGCAUGUUUCUUUCCUUGGUAUUCAUACUCUCUUUUUGUAGAGAGACACAGAAUUUACUUACUAGUGAACUCUGUAUGAUGAGGCUGUGUGUGUGUGUUACUUGCAUGCACAAUCUCUCUCUCACAUACAACAAAUAAGUAUUUGCGUAGCACUAUUUCCUUUGCUACCAUGAGAUCCAAGAGACUUUAGUCUUUUGCUUUGACAUUCCUUUGUAAUCUGAUAAAGAAAUUGUCGUAUUUUUGUAUACAGAAUUAAAUACCUAUAGUGUUUAAACAGUUUCUUUUUUUUUUGUAUUUUGAUGGACAAUUAAAGUACAUCAUGUGUAUUAAAUGAAAA